AUGGGUCUAUUCAAAAGAGCUAUUAUGCAAAGCGGUGCGCAUAUGUAUAACAAAGACAGGGAUCCGCUCAACAAAACUGAAGCAUUAAAUAAUGCCAAGAAAAUUGCCACAAAUUUUAAUUGUAGUUUAACUCAUGAUUGGAUCCAAUGUUUGAGGAAAGUUGAUGCAAACCUUUUGGUUAAAAUGUUAGCUCCAUUUGGUUUAACAUUUCCAGUGGUUGGCACCGAGUUUUUACCACAACGUCAAGCAUUUGAACACAACUUAUUUAACUCAGACAUUGAUUUAAUUGGUGGCAUUACUAAAGAUGAGGGACAAAUACCGUUUGAAAAACUUGGAGUUAAUAUCACUUACGAUAGCUUCAAAUUGUUUGCUAAUUUCUUUAAUGAAUUGAUUCACAAUUUGAAUAUCAAUAAUGUAAACGAUUUCUAUAUGAAAAAUGUGAACAAAACAAGUAUACCGGCCAUUGAAAGGGCUUUGGGGGAGUUUUUAGGUGAUCUAGUAUUGAAAUGUCCGACCUAUCAGUUUGUCAAACAAGUAGCCAAACGGUUGUCUACCACUGGCCGUAAUGUAUACUUCUAUGAGUUGACUUAUGCGAGUCCAUACUAUUCAAACAUUUCCGGUUGUGAUACCAAAUCAAAAAACGUUUGUCACGCACAAGAUAUUGCAUUUGUUUUUGGUUUGCCAUUACUUACACCUGAGAUAUAUUUACCAAAAGAUAUAUUUUUUGCGAGUAAUGUAAUGAUAAUGUGGACAAACUUUGCGAAGACUGGUAUUGCGGACCUGAAUUGGCCGAAAUUAUUGAAUAAUAGUACACCAAAUGUCUGGCAUAUUCUUGAUUUGAGUCCCAAUAAUAUUAUCAAAACUUUUGAUCAUCUGUUGGAUCAAACAUGUGAUGGCUUUUGGAAAAAUUAUAAUAUUUAA